UUUUUGUAGAAGUGAAGCACAACCCGAUCCCACCACCCCGAGCAUGCCACCGUCGUGCCCAUCGCCGAGCGCGCCGCCGCCGGCCACCUGCCUAGCGCCGCCCCCCCUUCCCCAGCACACAUCGGCCGGCCACUGCCUCAGCACGCCGCCGUCGCCCCACUGCCCCAGCGCGCUGCCUCCAUGACCUCCCUCCCCCAGUGUGCCACCGCCUACCCCUGCCUCCGUGCGCCACCACCUACCUCCGAGCGCCGCGGAUCUUCGCGCACAACUGGCCACCGCUGCCUCCCGCGCCAACUAUGUCCUGAGACUAGCCAUGGUGGUGGAUCCAAGAUCCACCGAGGGAAAAGGGGAGCCGCUGCUCCCUGUUGAUGGCCGGUCCUUGCCACGGGCCGCCGCACUCCCGACAUGUCCCGAGCACCAGCACCCCUAGAGGCUCGCUCCCCUGCACCCUUGAACCAGCGCCAUCCACCACUCGAGCAGGGUGGCAAUGGUGACAACAUCCAGCGGCCCUCGUCUGCCUCUGCUCGCCCUGCCUUCAUCACCGACCAACCGUGCAAAUCCAUGUAAAAUGAGUUCAGGAAGAGAGGAGCCCCAGCCGGAUACAAGAGGAGGACAUCGAUGGCUCUCGGCGGCCAUCGACGGGGACUUGAAUGCCCCAACCCUCAAAGCUCGCCUCAUCUUCUACAGGCAACAGGGGGCGUCUUCCCUCCUGGCGCCCGUAGGCCUAUCAGGCAGCCUCGGCUCGCCGUCGUCGGGAUCUGGCCAACACCGGCUCCUAGCGUUGGAUCCGUUAGUGCCGGAUCUCGCCGCUGCAGGAUGCGAGGAAGAGGAUGAGGUACAGCAUGCAACAACGAAAGAAGGUGCAGAGCCAUCAACUAGAUUUUGUUUGGUUAAAGAAGGUACAGGGUCGACGACUGUAUUUAGAUCAUAAUAGGAUCGGUUCGCGUUGGUGGCGCAGUAGUGCUGCGUAGGCAGCUGCUACCAAUCUUCACCAAGCUGGGUGAAGCCUUCAAGGUGAGCUGAUCGAUUGCUUUUUGUCCACUGUCACCCUAUUUAAGAUUACUGACCUGGUUCAUCUUAUUUCUCUUGUUGAUGCAAACCUGCUCACUUCACAAGCCACGCUCACAGCCACCAUCGUAAACUUCGUGGCUGGCCUGCUUAUCUUUACUGUAUUCUAAAUCGGAGGCAGUGCACGACCCAAUGUUUGACUUUGAACAUUGACACUGACGACGGACUCAAGCACCACCACAUUCUUGGUACAUAGACCGGCACCUCUAAGGGCUUACCCGAGAUGUUUUUUAGCCAUUUAACAACUGAUUUUGUCAUGGGAUAAAUUUUGAUGGAUAAGAUUUUAACAAGGUAUAGAGCAAUGUAGUCGAGAUGACACAGUUAUGCAAAAUGUAUAGACAGAAUUUGAGACAUUUACAUUGGCAGGUCUAUUCACUGAUUAUUUAUUUACUCUGUAUUCAUCAAAAUUUAUUUAUUUUGUACUACAUUGUAGAGUGUUCGAUUGACGCAAGCAGAGAUGGCCAUGAUGCUAGCUGAUAGCACUUGCUAACUGAAGAAGUUUGCAUACCUUUUCUCAAAUUAAAAAAAGAGUUUCUUACCAACUAAUGAGCCUACCAGUUAUAGGCCAAUUGCUCUAACUCAACUUUAGGUCGGUACUUUCCUGUAGAGUAUACCUCUGUAAUUCUCCAUCCAAGAUACUAAAGUUUAUGCUUCGCUGCUUGCACACACUGUAAUUCAAGGCAGAUCUAGAUUACAUCCCUAAGCAACCCACCUAUAUUGGUAAAUUUUUAUUGUGUUAUUUAAAUUAAAAAAAUUAAUGUACUCUGCUGGAGAAGUCACAAGCCAUAUUAAUUUCAGAAGAAAACAUUUCUAAUUAGUGGUUAAGGUCUUGUUGUGUCUAAAAUGAAAAUUCCAAACAAAAACAGAGGCACAAUUUGUAUUUAUACGAUGAAUAAUGGAAAUUUCAAUUGCUAAAUUUAACUAAGGUUUUUAGAAUAAAUUGUGGUCUCUGAGCUCGUCUCACGUAAUCCAUCAACUAAAUGUAUUAUAUUAGCAUGUCUAAUUCAUAAGUGCAACCAGCAAUUAGUUUAAUUUUCCCCUCAAAUAAAAACAAUUAGAGUUUUGUUUGAUUUAAAUUAACAAAGUGGCCUACACAUUAUUUAUAUGCACUAUAGUUAUUUUGUUCUCAAUGGC